UACCUCACUACGUCAAAUAAAAACAAACAAUUUUCGUGUUUUUUUUGUUUAUAUAACCAACCUACGAACUUACUUCUUUCCUGACACUCAGUGAUUUAAUUUUACCAUUCAGGUAGUGUGGAUACAUUCAAAGCAAGUUCUGACGUUUUUUUGACCAUGUUCAAUUUUCCUUCUGGAUCCUGUUGGAGAAGACUGACAUGACAAUUGAAGACGACAUCACAUUGGCAGACUACCAAAAAAUGGAUGAGAAGGCACCGCCAACGUAUGACGAUACCAUGAAUGGUAACGUGAAUGGUGACGUUCCAGAUAACAGAAAUGGCAACGCCAAGAAAAAUUAUGAAAAUAAGGGGUUCGAUUCGAACGGAGAUGUAGGGGUCGAAAUCAAGGAUCCUGAAAAAGAUGGGAAGAAGAAGAAGAAGAAGGAUGAGGAACCCCCACCGCCAGCUGUGGGGGUGUUCGCAAUGUUCCGAUUCGGAACCUGCUUGGAUUACUUCUUGAUGAUCAUCGGCACAUUAGGAGCGAUGGGCCAUGGGGCGGCGCUGCCAUUGGUCUUGCUUUUCUUUGGCGAAAUGAUCGAUUCGUUUGCCGUCUACAGUCAGCUGGAGAAGAUUUUGAGCACAGUUAACUUCACGCAGUAUGGAACAACCAGGGAGGCAGCAUCCCAAAAUUACAGCAUUUUGUUCCCCAUCAUGUAUCAGGAAGGUUUCAACAAGACGGCUGCAGACCUCUUAGCGCAGGGAAGCGCCCCGUCCACUCUCAUGGACAGAUUGACAUAUUUUGCUAUUCUCUAUGUCGGUCUAGGUUGUGCCGUGCUGGUCGCGGCCUACCUGCAAAUCAUGUGCUGGCUGACGGCUUCCGAGCGCCAGUGCUGGAAAAUCCGCACUAGUUACUUCAGAUCGGUGAUGAAACAAGAAAUCGGUUGGUUCGACCUGACAGAGACAGGACAACUUGCUACGAGGCUUUCAGAUGACAUCAACAAAAUCAAGGAGGGUAUUGGUGAUAAGUUGGCAAACUUCUUCCAAUGGUUUACUACAUUCAUUGCUGGUAUCACCAUCGGUUUCGUGAACGGUUGGCUACUAACUCUGGUCAUCCUGGCAGUCAGUCCUCUGCUUGUUAUAUGUGCUGCUCUCAUGACCAAGCUUGCUGGCAGCUUGACAAGUAAGGAAUUGACAGCCUAUGCCAAGGCUGGUGGGGUGGCUGAAGAAGUGAUCAGCGCUAUACGGACUGUUGCAGCGUUCGGUGGCGAACAGAAGGAAGUAAAAAGAUAUGUUGGUAACUUGUCUGACGCCGAGAAAUUCGGUAUCAAGAAGGGCGUAACGAAUGGUCUGUCACUGGCGAGUGUCUGGGGUAUCAUGAUGUUGGCGUACGCCUUAGGAUUCUGGUACGGCUCCGUCCUGAUUCACGACGAGGCCAAGAACUACACUGUUGGACAGGUUAUCAUUGUGUUCUUCAGUGUUGUAUUCGCUGCCUUUGCCAUUGGACUUGCCACACCUAAUCUGCAUGCAUUUGCAACAGCAAGAGGGGCUGCGUUUGCCAUUCAUGCCUUGAUUGACAGAGAGUCAAAGAUUGACCCAACCUCUGAGGAGGGUGAACGGCCAGCAACCAUGGAGGGAAACGUCUUGUUCAAAAACGUGGAUUUCAUCUAUCCGUCUCGAGAAGAAGUGAAAGUGAUGGACAGAUUCAAUCUCACGAUCAAGCGAGGCCAGACUGUUGCUCUGUGUGGCCAAAGUGGAUGUGGCAAGAGUACUUCUGUCCAGUUGCUGCAACGAUUUUAUGAUCCAAUUGACGGACAGAUUCUUCUCGAUGGCCGGGACCUGAAGUCCCUGAAUAUCCAAUGGCUCCGUCAGCACAUUGGUGUCGUCAGUCAGGAACCGAUUCUGUUUGCGACAACCAUUGCCGAAAACAUCCGUUAUGGACGCGAUGGUGUCACCGACGAAGAGAUUGAGCAAGCAUGUCGGGAAUCAAACGCCCAUGACUUCAUCAGUGACCUACCCGAUAAAUACCAGACUCUUGUCGGAGAGCGUGGUGCCCAGCUAAGCGGCGGCCAAAAGCAGCGCAUUGCCAUUGCUCGGGCUCUCGUACGUGAUCCGAAGAUCCUACUCCUUGACGAAGCCACAUCUGCCCUGGACACAGAGAGUGAGUCUGUCGUGCAGGCAGCAUUGGAUAAGGUCAAGCAGGGUCGUACCACCCUGGUGGUAGCCCAUCGGCUGUCGACGAUUCAGAAUGCAGACAUCAUCGUUGGAAUCAAGGACGGCCAGAAUGUUGAGCAGGGAACGCACUCUGAGCUGAUGUUCCGGGAAGGUUUAUACUACAAUCUAGUCAUGGCACAGUCAAAGAAGAAGUCAAAGGAGGAGGAAGCAACUGAGCUUCAAAUUAUCGAAGAAUCAGAGUCUGACUCUGAUGAGCCCCUCCCCCCAACACCAUCCAAGACUCCCCUAAAGAAGUCGUCCAUUCGCAUGAAAUCUGGCAGGAAGCGAACCAUCUCAGGCAUGUCCGUGGCAUCUGAUGAAGAGAAGGGGGACGAUGAGAAAAAGGGAAAGGAUAACGAUGAAGAGCCAAAACCAUCGUUUGGACGUGUUUUGGCAAUGAACAAACCGGAAUGGGGAUACAUCGUUGGCGGGUGCUUUGCCUCCCUCAUCAACGGUGGGAUACAGCCUGCAUUCGCUAUCAUCUUUGCUGAAUUCAUUGGGGUAUUUGGAGAAACUAACCGGGACAUCCAGAGGGAGAGAGUCAACCUCUAUUGCAUCCUGUUUGUUUGCAUCGGUGUGUUGAUGUUCUUCUCGAUGUUCCUCCAGUCUUAUUUCUUCGCGAAAUCGGGAGAGGCUCUCACCAAGCGGCUGAGGCAACUGACGUUCACUGCGAUGUUAAAACAGGAAAUUGGAUACUUUGACAGCCCGAAAAAUUCCACUGGAGCGCUGACUACAAGGUUGGCUGUAGAUGCAUCUGCUGUUCAGGGGGCUACAGGAGUGCGGCUUGGCAGCAUUCUCCAGUCCAUUUCCAAUAUGGGAACAGCUCUGAUCAUCUCCUUCAUCUAUGGCUGGAAACUCACCCUCGUCAUUCUCGCAUUUGUACCGUUCAUCGCGGUCGGCGGGUUCGUCGAGAUGAAAAUCAUGGCGGGUGUUUCGAACAAGGAUAAAGAAGCUGUGGAGGAUGCUGGGAAGGUUGCUAUCGAGGGGAUAUCAAACAUUCGCACUGUCGCUCAGUUGACCAAGGAGACGAAGUUUAUGGACUUGUAUGCGGCAGGAUUGACACCUGUCCACAAAGCAUCCAUUAAGCAGGCACAUCUUAUUGGCUUUGUGUUUGGUCUGACACAGGCCAUCAUUGACUUUGUCCAUGCCGCAGCCUUCGCUUUCGGGGCCUACCUGAUUCAACAAAACGAGAUGGAUUUUACUAGCGUAUUCAAGGUGUUUGGGGCCAUUGUGUUCGGUGCCAUGGCUCUGGGCCAGGCAAGUUCCUUUGCCCCAGACUAUGGAAAAGCAGUCUCAGCCUCUGGUAGGAUAUUUGGACUCCUCGACAGGGAGCCUGAGAUUGACAGCUCAGAUCCAGAAGGAGAAAAACCGUCGGAUGUGGCCGGAGCAGUCGACCUGAAGGAUGUAAGAUUCCGCUACCCUACUCGGCCAAACGUUACCAUUCUACGAGGUCUUGAUGUUAGUGCCAAACCUGGCCAGGUGGUGGCGCUAGUAGGCAGCAGCGGCUGUGGCAAGAGUACAUGCGUCUCAAUUGUGGAAAGAUUCUAUGAGGCUGAGGGUGGGGAAGUGAUGAUUGAUGGAAAGAACAUUACGAAAUGGAACAUCAAGCAUCUCCGAUCACAGAUGGGUAUCGUAUCCCAGGAGCCAAUCCUCUUCGACCGGUCCAUCGCAGAGAAUAUCGCGUAUGGUGACAACACCCGAGAGGACAUCCCAAUGGCGGAGAUCAUCGCUGCGGCCAGGAAUGCGAACAUCCAUAGCUUCAUCGAGUCUCUACCAGAGGGUUACGAAACAAACUGUGGAGACAAGGGCACCCAAUUGAGUGGUGGGCAGAAACAGAGAGUAGCAAUUGCUCGUGCUCUCAUUAGGAAUCCCAAGAUUCUGCUCCUCGAUGAGGCCACGUCUGCUUUGGACAACGAGAGCGAAAAGGUUGUACAAGAAGCGCUGGACGCAGCCCAGAAGGGCCGGACCUCGAUCGUGAUUGCCCAUCGCCUCUCCACGAUCCGCAAUGCCGACAAGAUCUACGUUAUCCAACACGGCAAGGUGAAGGAAGUGGGGAAACAUGACGACCUUCUCGCAGCCAAAGGAAUUUACUACAAGCUGAAUAAUGUCCAGUUGCAGCAGAUCUAAAUCUUGGGAUGAAAUUUGUCGUGAUUUUCAUUAUCUUUUGUGUGGAGUGAACACAUAUGCUGGCCGUAAAGACUUCUUUUUCCAAACAGUUGAUUGAAUUGGUUAAAAGUGUAAUUCCAUGACAGUGAGUUUGGUUCAGGUGUUAUUUUUGUUACGGCCAAGCAUUCAACGGAUGGCAUUAGUCAAAUUGACAAUGUUAUGUAUUACAAUAUAAUAUCACCUGUCUAGUUUGAGUAGUUCUACGUUUAUGCGAGUGAGUGUGUAUUGAAACUUUCCCUCAUUACAUGUAUGUGUUACAUAUUAGACUGUGAACACCCUUAACUGGAUUUGAUAGAUUGAACCAUACUUAAGCUGUAUUUACCUUUAUUACAAUGUGCAUGUCCCUCAAAGAAAACACACUUUUAUUUUUGUAUGUGCUGGUACGCGUGCGUACAUGUAUAAGGCAACCUUUCUAUCUUUACUUCAGUGUAUUAUUAUAUUUCAAACUUUUUACAUUUGUAUUUCAAAUUGCGGGUAUUAAAAUUAAGAGGUAAUUACUAAGGUACCUUUCCACCACAUUGAGACAAAGAAGUAAGGCUAUUGAUGUGCUGGAUAAAAUAGUUUUGUGACGAUUCUACUUCUAGUACAUGCACUCCACUUUUUGUCUUAGUACAUAUAUGUGCCCUUUUUGUCACACCCACAUCUUGCCAGAAGUGUAUUUCAGAUUUUAUCCAGUAUUAUCCAGUUGGGAUUCCAUGACACAUAUCAGUCUUUGUUAGCUCAGUCACUUUAAUAUACUUUGUGUUCUAGAAGAUUGUUCUUUCCAAUUGUUUUAACUCUUUCAGUGCCAAGGACGUACAUGUACGUCCUAAAUAUUAAGGUAUUUUAGUUCCUCCAGACGACACCAGAUGUCCCCAGCUACUCAAAUGUGGUUCAUAUGGUUUCUCUGGCCUGGGGCGUCCAAAUUGAAUAAUUUUUUCGACUGAGAGGGUGGGGUGGGGUUUGCCACCCCUCAUUUUGGGUGAAAAAUGGUGAAAAUCGGCCAAAAAUACCACUCCCUCAAAAAAAUUUAGAGCAUAAUCCUAGUAUGCCCCUACUUAUUACUGCUGUUUUAUUGAAACAGGAGGUAAAGACAAAGGUUUUGAAGAAUUUUGAUGAGUGUAUCUCAAUUAUUUUUGUGAGAUUUUGGGUAGUGACAAUGCCCAAAAAUGCCCAAAUCCUGGGCACUGAAAGAGUUAAUGCACCUGCGUAUUCUAGCCACAAAUAUAGAAAGUGUGUGGAUUUAUCGGCUAGAGUGUGCAUAUUAUAUGAUAGAUUUUGUAAAGACAUGUUUAUGUGAUUUUGUGGGGUUUUUAUAUGUUUCUUUUGGCUUAUGUUUGUACAUGUAUAGCAUUGUUUUACUCGAGUAAGUAAUCUUUGUUGCCUCGCUGUGCACCAGUCAUAUAGGCAAGAGUACAAAUGUAGAUUAUAGUCCUCUUAGAUAGAUUAAUCCCUAAUGCAUAUUCUUAAUCCAUAUGGGAUAAAAUUUAGGUCUAAAAAAUUAUUACAUGUUCUUUGAUUCAUGAAUAACUCAGGUACUCCUUUAUAAAUCACAUACAGGCAACUAUAAAUUUUGAAACAAAUUUAUGCAGUGAAUUGUUACUUUGGUCUUUGGGCUCUGUUAAGUUUGAGUCGAAAACAGUGAUUAUUCAAAUUCAGGCAUUGAAAAUUUGUGUGUUGUUGGUUGUUGUUUGUAUUGGAAGCUCGAACAGACAUACAUGUAUCUCUGUUGAUGUUGUCUCAUUGCACAAACCACAUUUAAUGAUAAGAUGUUCAAAGAUAUUAUGAAACGUACUUUAAUUGGAGUUGUGAGGGACUUUUCUCCUCUCAUGAAGUGACUCAAUCUCUCAUGCUGUGAUGACAGAAUUCCCUCCGAUACCAAAAUUAUCCUGUCCUUUUUACUGACCACAAGAAACUGAAAGUUUUGAUCUGAUGCAAACCUUUCCCCCCUCUUUCUAAUCUCACAUCAGUCCCGAUCAUUUCCAGAUUCAAGAGCUUUCUCUGUAAUUGUGACUUAUCACAGUGAAAUCAGGCCCAUGUUGCAUGAAAGAUAAGCCUAAACAGCAUCAAGAUACAAUGGCAGAAAAAUUUAUAUUUUCGGAUUUCACAAAAGGCAGGUCUCCAAAAAUGAAACAAACCACCAGUGCGUCUCAAACUGCCAAGCUUUAGAGCGCCUCGUUUUCCUAUGACGGGUCACAAUUAUUGAUGAAUGUACAGAUUUUGGGAGUUUCCUGGACAGAUUACAAAAUCCAUCCAAAAAAGCGCGUAUGCAUUUCUGUGAGCUGGUGACCUUUAUGUAACAAUUACUGAUGUUACUGUUCAGGGAUGUAUAUGCAUCAAAUGUUGAGUCAAUUCAAACACUGUCCAGAUCAAACCACUACUGGCAGAGUACCAAUCACUAGCAAUUUCUCUAACAAUGGAAUCUCUACUUAGUCUUUCAAUUUAUAAAUGAGACGUCCAUUACAACUACAUCUGCUUGUACUUAUUUCAUUAGUUGUGUAUUUGGACAAGAAUAUCUAUUUUGGGAGAGGAAAUUUUGGAAAUGUAAAAAUUUGAUAUAUGUUCAAUUUUUGUUGCCUUAAUGAUAUCCUGUCAAUUCUCUGAACAUCUCAAUUUGUUAUAACUUUUAAUGAAUGAUCAAUAGAUUAAUUUAAAAUAUCAUUUAAUGCAUACUGAUAUCUUCAUACUAAUUCCUUGUUCUUUCGUAUAAUUUGUGUUGUAUUUAAGUAAAUCACUGACCAAGAUCACAAUAAACAAUUAUAAUAGUUAU